GGGUGUGAAAAGCUUUCAGGUUUUGUUAUGAUGUAGUGAUUUUAUGUGUGCUAUAUCGUUUCUGGAUUGUGUAUCUAGGUUGUGCGGUAUUCGGAAGGUAUGGUUCAGUGUCUGAAGUUCGUUUUACGUGCGAGUGUGUCAGAAAAUCGUUAUACUUAAAUCUUAACCCUUGGAAUAGCAGUGCUGCAAUGCUGUAGGAUCCUGGUUAAUCUGUCAAUGGGGGAUAGUAUUUAAUGGAUUAUCAGCGCAGAAAUAAAGGGUCGGGUCGCAGCUGACGCCGAUUGUUCCUGUUAUUGUUACCGCACUAGUUACUCGCAUCACAGUUCACAAAUUCUAUCUCGUUACUCUCCUGUUGUGAUCGUGUUUUCAUUCGAUAUUCUAUAAAGUUAAAAUCGUGAUAUCGUUGGUGCUGAAAUUCGUUGAAAAAUCGUUAGACUGUUCUAGUUGUGUUGCAUUUCCGAUAUUUAUAACGUUAAUUUGUUGCGUAGAGUGAAAUUCGUAAAAAAGUAUGGCGCAAUGAUAGAUCCUUGGGGGACCCCGUAGUUUGUCGCAAUUUCUCCCGGGAGCUGUGAUGGUCUUGUGAUGGAGGAGGAAGAGAGUGCGAGUCCUCACCGUUUGUCGGAUCCUUUAUCGCGUCUUAGCGAUGUGCCCGGGUCUUCUUGUUCGUCCUGGAGCGGUUCCAACCCUGGGAGUCCGAGGCUUCCGCCCCGCCGGGUCUCCCAGUCGCCGCCGCUCCACCGCGCCUCCGUGGACUGGCAGGAGCGGUGCAUGGAGUUGCAGAUGGAGCUGCAUCGCUACCGUCAUCAGGCAGCCAGUGUUCGGGACAUGCUCAAAGACAAGCUUUCGGAGUUGGAACAGAGAGUUCUGGAGGCGGAGACCCGAGCCGAGGAGGCCGAGGACAAGGUUCGCAUCAUGGAGCAGAGACUGGUGCAGGCUGACUGGACACCUGGGAACAACUCUCCGGAAGAUAAAGACAAGGACGCCAUCUCCAAACUGGCCAACCAGGUCGAGGAACAGAGACAGUUGAGGUUGCAAGAUGCCAAGCAGGUCGAGGCGAAGGCUGCGCGCAUCAAGGAAUGGGUGACCAACAAGCUGCGCGAGCUGGAGGCGCAGAACCAACAUCUGCGUGAGCAGAACCACAAGUGUAACCAGCAGCUGGAGUUGCUGCGAAGACACAUGGCACAGCUGAGCGCAGGCCGGAACACGCCUGUGGAUACUCGGCCAAGCUCACUACUCAGGGCCAACAGCACCGGCUCUACGAGAUUUCCAGGGCCUGGAUCAAAAAAUUUAACCAUCCCCAAUAUCUGUCCCGAGACUUUACAACAGGACAAAGGGCUGUUGGACGCAGAGCCUGUUUACGCAGAGGUGGAGAGGCGCAAGGCACCGCAGAGUGAGCCGACCACAGCUGUUCUAGGACACAGACGCCACCUGUCUGCGUGCGCAGGAACCAUGACAUCACCUUCACAACAACUCAGCGUAGAUCUGCAAGCUGCAGUGGACAGUCUCGCCUUGCUUCCCGUCCACAUCAGGCCUCGCAGUGAGUGUGUGGACUCUGAACAGAGCCAUGACUACGCGGAGAUCUACACUCCGUCGAGAGAGAAGCCUCCCUGGGAAUGUCCGAAGCCCCCCACACCCCCUCUGCACCGCUUCCCCUCUUGGGAAUCUCGGAUCUACCAGGUGGCCAAUGAGGGACUGGCCGCGGCCACGAGUCAGUCGGCCAUGGAGACAAGCGGACACCACUCGGCUGCCCAGGGGUACAAGGAGAUCAGCGUACCGGUUUUCGCCACUGUCAAAGGGAGAGCGAGUCAGAUCAGGUCGAUGCCGUUCACUGGUGAUUCCUCCGAUGACUCGUCCGACGGGGAGGGAGAACACACCAACAACAUGAACCACAGCGGCACUCACACCAGGGCUACCAACAGUAGCAGUGAUAAUACUGAUACAUCUUUGUCGAGUCCAAGCAAAAGCCACAAAACCACUUCUAGUCUUUCUCCUGCCAAAAGAAGUUCUUCUGAUUCACCUUCCAAAAAUACCUCUUUUGAGUCGGGGAUGUCAGACGACUACGCAAUUCCACCAGACGCCCUGAGUUGUGAGUCGUUAGAAUGGUCGUUAGUGUUGCGAGCGACAGACAGCCCGAGACAUCAGCGGACCUGCGAGAGUCUAGAGAAGAGCGGCCAUCUUGCCAAACUGGGCGGCAAACUCAAGACUUGGAGGAGACGCUGGUUCCAACUCAACAACGGCAAACUGCGCUACUGGAAGUCUCAGAACGACAUGGCGAGGAAACCCCAAGGCGAGAUCUCUAUAGACGACCAGUGUCGCAUCACUCGGGCCGACGGAGCCGCUACCUUCGAGAUAACCACGGGCAAGAAGACCUACUACCUCACAGCUGACUCUAUAGCUGCUACUGAGGACUGGGUCAAGGUGCUACAGAAUGUUCAGAGGCGGAACGCCACAAAGCUGCUGCUCAGCAGGGAACAGAACAAGCCUACACUGCAAGGCUGGCUGACAAAGGUGCGCAACGGACAUGCGAAGAAGUGCUGGUGUGUUCUCAUUGGGAAAAUGUUCCUCUACUUCAAGUCUCCUUCUGACAACAACCCCAUUGGCCAGAUCAAUAUGAGGGACGCCAGAGUGGAGGAGGUGGACCAUGUGUCGGAUUCUGACAGUGAAGAUCGUGAUGCGGAGAAUGCUCAACUUACCAUCGGGAUAUUCCCUACCCACCAGGGCCCUACGUAUCUGCUCUUCCCCUCCAAGCAGGAUAAAGAUUCCUGGCUGUACCAUUUGACGGUGGUGUCGGGUGCCGGGCCAAAUGCUGGCACUCAGUAUGAGCAACUUGUACAGAAAUUGAUGGAGAGUGAUGGCGAUCCAAAUUGUGUGUUGUGGAGGCACCCCAUUCUACUGCACAGUAAAGAUGCUAUCACUUCCCCCCUCACUACCCUGUCUUCAGAAACUCUUCAGGCCGAAGCUAUCAAACUGUUCAAGUGCUGUCAGCUGUUCAUCUCAGUGGCGGUGGAGUCAGCUGGUAUCGACUACCAUGUGGUGCUGGCCCAGAAUGCACUGCAGCAGUGUCUAGACCAAUGGGAGCUCCAGGCCGAGCUGUUGUGUGCCUUGGUCAAACAGACCUCUCGCCACAUACACCACAAAGUCGGCGUGCAGCAACUCCUGUUGUGCGCCACGCAGUCUCUGUUCGCCUGUGACGCGGCUGCUAACUCGCCUACAGCCGGAGCCCCCCCUCCACCCCCACUGCUGGACUACUGCAAGGCCAACCCACCCUCGUACGCCUUCGUGCAGGGCUGGCAACUGCUGGCACUCGCUGUCUCGCUGUUCGUCCCCCGCAACAACAAGCUUCUGUGGUACCUCAAGCUACACCUGCAGAGGAACGCUGACUCCAAAACGGAGUGCGGCAAGUACGCUGCAUAUUGUGAGAGAGCUCUGGAGCGCACAAUACAAAACGGAGGUCGCGAGGUGAAGCCGUCUCGUAUGGAGGUGUUGUCCAUUCUACUCAAGAAUCCGUACCAUCAUUCUCUACCUCACUCCAUACCUGUUCACUUGCUCAACGGAACGUACCAGGUUGUUGGGUUUGACGGGUCCACCACAAUAGAAGAGUUCCUGUCGACUCUCAACUCAGAGAUCGGGUGCAGAGAAUCGCCAAGUUCUGGGUUCACCCUCUUCAGUGACGACCCGAUAGAGAAGGAUUUGGAGCAUUAUAUUGAACCAUCUGCUAAGUUGUGUGACGUGAUCUCCAAAUGGGAAACUGCACUGAGGGAGAAGGGAUCAGGCAAGUUUGAGAACUCUAGAGUAAUCCAGCUGGUGUACAAGAACAGACUGUACUGGCGACAUUCAGCCAAGAUGGAGACCGAGAGAGAGAGACUACUCAUGUGCUAUCAGGUUAACCAACAAGUAGUCCACGGUCGCUUCCCCCUCACCAGAGAAUUAGCAUUAGAGUUGGCUGCUCUAAUGGCUCAGAUUGACUUUGGUGAGUUCCACACGGACAAGGGUCGAGGCAGCGGCAGCAACAUGAAGGACCUGCAUGUGCUACAAGCCUUGGACAAGUUCUACCCUUACAGAUACAGGGACAACCUCACCCCUGAUGCACUCAAAGAGCUUGAGUCCGGCCUACAGGAGAAGUGGAUGUCUUUGAAAGGUCGCAGUACAUUAGACUGUGUCCGAAUAUACCUCACUUGUACAAGAAAGUGGCCGUUCUUUGGUGCCUCACUGUUCCAAGCAAAGUGGAAGCAGCCCGAGCCGCAGGUCGUGUGGCUGGCUAUAGCAGAGGACGCCGUUACUUUGCUGGACCUUGCGUGUAUGCAGCAGAUCGCCAGGUAUCCAUACACGGCAGUGUUGACGUUCGGAGGUUGCCAGGACGACUUUAUGCUUGUGGUCAGUGCUGAAGAGGGACUCGGCUCUCAGAAACUUCUCUUCGCCCUUAGUAAACCAAAGAUUUUAGAAGUGACGGUGCUGAUAGCAGACUACAUGAACGCGUUGGGUCACGGUGGCACACCACUGGCCGGCACGCUGUCACGUGGCGCACAACCGGACAUCCUCAAGGCCACACCGGACCACCAGCUGAGCCGAUCCGACAGCAAGAAGCGAACACUCGACACGUGACAAUAAACAUCACCCCCUCCCCUGCCCUCGGAACACCUCAUAUGAACGACUCACCACAUCACACUGCUCGGAACAAUUUGUAAAUGAACUAAUCCUACAGUACUUUUGAAUCAUAAGAAAAUGUAUUACUUUGAGUUGUAGAUUGUUUUGGGAUUAGGAUCAGGUUUGAGCUAUGGUAAAGGUGGAAUUAGCAACACGAUUGCCUUUAAAAGGGAAGUUUUAGUGGUUAGGUGUUUCAGGAUUCGUUUGUUUCACGAUGUUUCAUACCAAGGAGCCGAAACUCCACCGGACUGAGGCUGUUCGAGGAUUAUAUCCUCUUCAGAAAAGUGUAAAUUUUGAUAAAAAAAUACCUUAGUUGGCACUCAACAAUUGUUUUAGACUCAAAAGUCACUUUUAUUUAGGUCUAAAUUUUGAUAGAAUCUAAACUUAGCUGUGUUUAGCCAGCACAAGUAUCAGCACUGUAUUAUAUGAUAUUAAGGCGGUAAAUAAAAUCGAUUGAACCUUGGAAGAGUUACUCUCCGGGCCGUCUGAAGUGGUGAUUCCGAGGGCUUUGAACAUUGUAUAAAUUGACUUUUUCUACUGCUGAAGUGCUUUGAACAUCAUCCGUGCUAACAAUACAGGUUUUUAUUUUAUUUUUUUGUUUGCUACUUGAAUGUACUUUCUUGUUAAGCCUAUUGUAAAAUAAUGUACAGCAACUUUACGCCUCGUCGGUCCAUUAGAGGUGUUGGAAGGCAACUAUUUUUAUAAAUAAUUUUACUUUGCAGCUAAAGUGAUUAUUAGUUCUUGUAGAUAUUAUACACUUUGAGGAAAA